CUCGUUUGAGAAGUCGAAAGGUUUACCCAGGAGACGGAAAAGCCGGAAAAAGAUAAAAAAAAAAUGACUGCAAAUAAAAAAAUUGAAGGAAACGCUAAAGCUGGGAGUAUACCGGGGGAUGCAGGAUCGGUGGUAACCGCGACUGUGGUUCGGCGCCAAAUGCCGCCGCGCGCCUGCAAGAGCAAGAGCCAGAGCGCCGCCCCAGAGCGCCGUCCCAGUCUUAGUCCCAGCCGCCAGCAGCCCAGCCGCCAGCAGCCCAGCCGCCUGGCCAAGAAGCCCAGCCUGACGCCGACCACCGGUUCUCAGGCGCCAUCGCAGACCAUCGCAAAGUCGAGGCCCACCGGUCCCGAGACGAUUUUUGAACGGCCCGGCAAUGAGGACGACGGGCCCACCAGCAGCCAUGCCGUGGCAUUUGGCGAGUGCCAGCGCCGCGUCCUCGCCCUGGGUACGGGCGAAAAAAAAAGAAACCUGUCGCAGAAGAGCUGCCUGAAGGUGCGCAACACCUUGGGCGAACGCAGCACCCGGCACAUGAUGGCACUGCGGGCGUCCCGCAUUACUUUGGACAGCGUAAUGCUCGGGGGCUCGGACGAUGCAGGCGAGUCGGUCGGAGUCGCUCCCGCAGUCGCUCCCGGAGUCCCUCCCGUAGCUGCUCCCGGAGUCGCUCGCGCUGGAGGAAACGCCGGUACAAAUCAGCCGGCACCAUUCGUGCGGCGCACGAGCAGGAGGCUCAAGAGUCUGCCUCCGAUUUAGAUUAUUGCACCUUCCAC